GUUCCUGUCGGGUAGAUGUACGGUCUACAAGCUGUUCGGCCUCUGCAUGGUGCUGCUGCUCGUCUCUCUGCUCUGGCUGCAGCUCAGCUGUUCAGGUGACUUGUCGGCCCCCGUGCACGAGGACAAACGACCCCCCCAGCACAUGCAGCCUCCGCCCUGCCCCGCUGACAGUCAGGCAUCUGCGGCCGACGACCCCUCCUGGGGUCCUCACAAACUGGCGCUCAUCAUCCCCUUCAGAGAGCGCUUCGAGGAGCUGCUGGUGUUUGUUCCCUUCAUGCACACUUUCCUCAACAAGAAGAAGAUCCGCCACAAGAUCUUCAUCGUCAACCAGAUGGAUCACUACAGGUUUAACAGAGCGUCUCUGAUAAAUGUCGGUUACCUGGAGAGCGGUAAUGACACGGACUACCUGGCGAUGCACGAUGUUGACCUGUUGCCUUUGAAUGAAGCUUUAGACUACGGUUUUCCCGAGGACGGACCGUUCCACGUGGCCUCCCCUGAGCUGCACCCGCUUUACCACUACAAGACCUACGUGGGAGGAAUCCUGCUGCUCACCAAGAAACAUUACAAAAUGUGUAACGGGAUGUCCAACAGGUUCUGGGGUUGGGGCAGAGAGGACGACGAGUUCUACAGAAGACUGAGGAAAGCUGAGCUACAGCUGUUUAGGCCGAGUGGAAUCACGACCGGAUAUAAAACCUUCCUCCAUAUCCACGACUCGGCCUGGAGGAAGAGAGACCAGAAGAGAGUCUCAGCUCAGAAACAGGAGCAGUUUAAGGUGGAUCCAGAGGGGGGGCUGAGUAACCUCCGUUACUCGGUGGAGUCCCGGCAGGAGCUGAGCAUCAGCGGCGCUCCCUGCACCGUCAUCAACACCAAACUGGAGUGUGACCAGGAUAAGACGCCGUGGUGUCUGCUGUCGUAGAGGGAAACCAAACGCGUCGUUACACCGCUCCGCCUAAAGGAUUUAAUGUUUAAACUCUGCUCCUCUCUGGAUGUUGCGGCAGCACUGACUGACCUGCAGCACGUGGCUGCCCUGACAGGAGGAAAUAAUGGUACAAACAGAACCUAACCCAGGAUUUAACACUGAAGAAUUCACUCCUUCACUGAGCAGAAACAGACAAAAACUGAAUGCUUCCUUACUUUGAUUUGAGGAACUUCUCAACAACACACCUGCAGUAGAACAGGACAGUGAGGAUCUUAAAGAGAAUUAAAACCUCCUGAUGAUCCUUGAUGUUAAGAACCAGAACUUUAAAUUGCGUCAACGUAAAGUCGGAGACCUGGCAGGCGGACCACUUUGUGUGUCAAACCUCAGAGAAGUGGACGCAUGGAGAGAAACUGUUGCACCUAAACUGGAUUUAAACAGACGGGCAUGGACAGACCGGAGCUGUUUUGGUUUCAGUACCUGCUGACAUGGUGUGGAUGCAAAUGUUUUUUUUUUUAACUCUGGGAUCGUGCAAACAGAGCAGAGGUGAGCUGGACGGCUACAAACGGAGCAUAACACCUGACAUCACCGACCGCCAAAACACGCAUCGCAACACUGAAACCGUAGAGUUCAUUUCAGCUUCUGUAUCAUGUAGUCGGAAAGAGUCAUUAAGUGUUUCAGCAGAAACCAUCACAAGCAUCAGAUAAUGUUUUUAAUUCCCUUCUGAAGAGAAAAUCCUCUUAUCUACAGGGUGUUUGCUUCAUAUAUAACCCUCUAACAGACACACUUUGAAUUCACCAAAGAAGAUACACACUCACAGAAGUUACUUUUUGGGUCUGUUUGCCUUUAUUGGAUAGAACAGCUGAAGAGAGACAGGUAAUGGUGGGAGGAGAGAGUAGGGGGGCGGCAUGCAGCAAAGGGGUGAGGUUGGAUUCCAACUGCUAGCCUAUCGACGUUCCCUAAAAACCUUUUUUUUUAUAAUUGCGACUUCUGUGUCUCAUGAAUCCAACUCACUAGGGGUGUUCAAAACUAUAGAUACACUUGAUUAUUGUGUUGGUAUUUUUUCUGAUACCUCCUCCAUUCUCAGAAACACUGUAUUGAUUUUUUUUUUAGUUCAUCGUAGUGUUGUCAAAAUAUUUUAAACCUUUGAUAAUAAAUCAGACGAUAUCUGUACCCGCUUCAAUACCUCAACAACUAAAAUUACAAAAUUAUAAAAGUUACACUCGUGUUGCUAACCAGCGGAUAAUAUAGAAAACGUUCUCUCGCUUUCUGUCGCAGCAGCUUUUGAAGAUCUGUCACUUUUUAAAGCUUUGGUACUUUACCACACUUCAUCAUUUCAAUGAGAGUGUAUUGUUUAAAAACACGCGCUAACAAAAAGGUAUGAAAGUGUUUAAAAUGUUGACAACCUUAGCUCCUAGUUUAAAUUCUAUUUAUCUUUUUUUUUUUAUCAUUUUGUUGCAGUGAUCUCUUUUUUAAAAACAUCACAACAAAUGUUUUUGAUCUGGAAUUCUUGAUUAUAAGAAACAAAACCCUCUAGGUUUAUUUUCUGUGGUGAAUUUAAAGCAUUCCUUUUACCCUUUAAAGUAAACUGAGCCAAACCAGGCUGAACUAUACCAAGACUAAGAUACCCCGUUGUCUUUUAGCUGCAUAAAUUCAGCCUGUAUUUGAAGCCUGACACAGAAUGCUGCUGAAGAGAAACAAUGCAGUAACAGAACAGAUUUGUUUCACUGCGAUCGAUUCAGUUCAUUGUUGUUUGUUUUUUUUAAUCUACCUUUUAGUUUAAGAAGGAACCAAAGAAUCCUGCAGAACAUCCACGAGAGUUCAGCGAUAUUGGAAUCAUGCUUUACCUCUUCAUGGUUUAGUGAAUGCCUUUAAGAAAACUGUGAAUAAUGAUCAUGUUUUUAUGUGCCAAAAACAAAAACCCUGCGGAUGGAGGAUUUAGUGUCGGUUCUGGAGCUUUUGGAUGUAAGACGUGAUUUUCCUCUGCAUAAGAGUUUAAACUCUUUAAAGACGAGAACUCAUGGAAGACAAUAAUUCUUAGCAUUUGAAGGAAUGUGGACAAACCAAAUCUACUGAGGACGAUGAUAACAUAUGAUCAGAAGUUGCUGCACAGAAGUGAACCAUUUGGAAGAUAUCUUUAAUAAUUUUCUAAUUUAUCAAGUCUUCAAAAACAACUUUGGCUAUGCAGAAUCUCCAAACAGUUCCAAAACCUAAAGGUGUUCCCUUCUCUUAUUUUAGAAGAUUUUACUGCUUGUUAAAACAAUUGCAGAUCAUUUUCUGUCAGUUUACCAAUCCGGUUUUAUCGUUAUUAGUCAGCAUCAGAUUUCUUUGGUUCGUUCUCAGUCUGGGUUUUAAUCUGGAGCACCCUUCAACAAGACGUAACAACAUGGAACAUAAACAUCCUUCCACAUGUCACUUCUGUCUGCGAGGACUUCUUGUUGUUCAUUUGAAGUGAAGUUAACAGAUCACAGUCAUCCAAAUGGAUCCAGCUCUAACGGUUUCCUUUAAUAAUAAUGAGAGCGAUGAUUUCAUGACCUCAGACCCAGAGAGGAACCUGGUGGGGGAAGUAUUUAUUUUACUGAAAUAUUUGUGUAAUGUAUUUUUAUUUUAUUUUACUCCAGUGUGUUGUACUCAUUUCAUAAAAAGAACGAGUUGUGACUGAAUGUCGGACCAUCAUUAAGAGGGAUUUAAGAGAUAAAACCAAAAACAGCAGGGUUUGAAUGCCUUAUAGUUUCAUGUGGAAAGUCAGAAAAUGAACCUUUAAAAUGAAAUCCAAGGUUUAGAAAUGUGUCUCUGAAAGUUUGAUUGAAAGUGAAGUGUUAUUUAAAGUCAUUUCUUCCUCUUCAGGAAAAUGCAUGUGGUGUGACACAAAGUUUGAAGUCAGCACAAGGAGAGCAAAACAUUUUUACCUCGCUGGGUUAAAAAAAAAACCUCUUCUUAAAUUUGAGCUUGAAAAAAAAACCUCUUCUUAAAUUUGAGCUUGAAAUGCAUCAUUUAAUUGAGAAUCCACGGCUGCAGACAGAGUGCGGGGCUUCUCCUUCCCUUGUUUUAGUCUUACAGUUUAGGACUUAUGGACACAUGAGGUUAAAAAGCAUCCAUCCAUUCACCUGAGAAAUAUGUUUUUCUGUUUAUUGAGAAGCAAAAAAGGAUCUCACCCUUUUUCAUCAAACUGUGCAAAAUGUUACAUGUCUGACCAUAGACUGUGUAUUAUUAUUUACAGCCUCACAUAUGGUACACAACCAAUCCUUAGGGAGAAACUGGAACAAGCUUUAUGAAAUGUUACUGUAUUAUGACUUGAAGAUGCAAACUGUGUCUCAUUAGAAGCUCCAACAGAUGGUGAGAGUCACUGAUUGAUCUAGAUUUGUACCAGCUAAUCCUUCUCUGUUAGUCUGAACUUUUUAGUUUCAUAUUUAGACGGCUACUCUUAACUGUCUUCUUCUCUGCUGCUGUUACGUGUUGUUGAUUUGCCUCCAGGGGGCGCUCUGGAUUGUUAUUGCUCCCUUAAGUGUUGGGUUUUAGACGGUCUGUGCAUUUACAGGAUGUCGUCCUGAUUUUAUUUCCCAGAGAAAACGGUACCAUUGUUUGUACAAUAUUCAGUAUUUAUAAAAAUCUGAUUCUACAGAAA